UAAAAUAUUUUAUAGUUUUGUUUUACCUUUUUAGCUCACCUGUCACAAAGUGACAAGGUGAGCUUUUGUGAUCGCGUGGCGUCCGUCGUCCGUCCGUCCGUGCGUUCGUGCGUAAACUUUUGCUUGUGACCACUCUAGAGGUCACAUUUUUCAUGGGAUCUUUAUGAAAGUUGGUCAGAAUGUUCAUCUUGAUGAUAUCUAGGUCAAGUUCGAAACUGGGUCACGUGCUGUCAAAAACUAGAUCAGUAGGUCUAAAAAUAGAAAAACCUUGUGACCUCUAUAGAGGCCAUAUUUUUCAUGAGAUCUUCAUGAAAAUUGGUCAGAAUGUUCACCUUGAUGAUAUCUAGGUCAAGUUUGAAACUGGGUCAUGUGCCGUCAAAAACUAGGUCAGUAGGUCUAAAAAUAGAAAAACCUUGUGACCUCUCUAGAGGCCAUAUUUCUCAAUAGAUCUUCAUGAAAAUUAGUCAGAAUGUUCACCUUGAUGAUAUCUAGGUCAAGUUCGAAACUGGGUCACAUGCCAUCAAAAACUAGGUCAGUAGGUCUAAAAAUAGAAAAGCCUUGUGACCUCUCUAGAGGCCAUAUUUCUCAAUGGAUCUUCAUGAAAAUUGGUCAGAAUGUUCACCUUGAUGACAUCUAGGUCAAGGUGGAAAUUGGGUCAUGUGGGGUCAAAAACUAGGUCAGUAGGUCUAAAAAUAGAAAAACCUUGUGAUCUCUUUAGAGGCCAUAUUUCUCAAUGGAUCUUCAUGAAAAUUGGUCAGAAUGUUCACCUUGAUGAUAUCUAGGACAAGUUUGAAACUGGGUCACGUGCGGUCAAAAACUAGGUCAGUAGGUCUAAAAAUAGAAAAACCUUGUGACCUCUCUAGAGGCCAUAUUUCUCAAUGGAUCUUCAUGAAAAUUGGUGAGAAUGUUCACCUUGAUGAUAUCUAGGUAAGGUUUGAAACUGGGUUACGUGCGGUCAAAAACUAGGUCAGUAGGUCGAAAAAUAGAAAAACCUUGUGACGUCUCUAGAGGCCAUGUUUCUCAAUGGAUCUUCAUGAAAAUUGAUCAGAAUGUUCCUCUUGAUGAUAUCUAGGCCAAGUUCGAAACUGGGUCACGUGCGGUCAAAAACUAGGUCAGUAGGUCGAAAAAUAGAAAAACCUUGUGACCUCUCUAGAGGCCAUAUUUUUCAUGAGAUCUUCAUGAAAAUUGGUGAGAAUGCUCACCUUGAUGAUAUCUAGGUCAGAUUCAGAAGUGGGUCACGUGCCUUCAAAAACUAGGUCAUUAGGUCAAAUAAUAGUAAAACCUUGUGACCUCUCUAGAGGUCAUAUUUUUCAAUGGAUCUUCAUGAAAAUUGGUCAGAAUUUUUUAUCUUGAUGAUAUCUAGGUCACAUGUGCUCAAAAACUAGGUCACUAUGUCAAAUGAUAGAAAUAACGACGUCGUACUCAGUUCAACACUGGGUCAUAUGGGGAUAGGUGAGCGAUUCAGGACCAUCAUGGUCCUCUUGUUUAAUUAACUAUUUUGAAUAAAUAAAUAGCAGCUGAUUCAAUAUUUCGGAAUGGUAUCUUUCAAAAUGACAUGAGCUUCUCAAUUCAAACUGAUAACAAAAGGUGUGAUAGUCUUUUUGUCACGAUCAAAUAGCCAGUAAUUACCGGCAAUUAAUGUGUCACCUCGUGUCAAUUAUGUUGUUCACAGUUUGAUCUCGGUUAAAGAUAAUUCUCGAUCUUUAAUUAGUAUCAUAAUUUUUGUGAUUUAUUAACAUUUCUUUCAUCAAAAUACUUUUAAAUUUAUAUGGAAUUAAUUUUGUUUGAAAGAAAAAUAAACCAUUCGAUCUUUUACGGAACGUAACGGCAAUCUUAGACAUUAGCGGUGAUAGUAAGCGCGGGGAGUAAUUUCCCUUUACCAAAAUGGCGAACAUCGGUAACAAACUUGUUUUGAAGUUGGAAAAUUGUCUAUACCUGUGUAUUAUGCGCACCCACGAUUCGGGGGUGGUCCCGGGGGUAAAAAAACUGAGCAUUAUACAUGGGUAUCUACGCUUUAUGUGAGAUAUCGCUCACAUGUCAAAAAGUCGGACAAUAGUUUGGCGAGCGGAAAAGUAGCUGACGCCUAAAGGUUAGAAAAUGUUGUAGAAGAAACAUUGAGAAAUACCGGCGACGGCUUGAUAGCAGCAUGUUUCAUAUGAGCAGAUGCUGUCAGCGAAUAGGACUUGCAUCGCAGGGAAGGACCGAGGGAAUGGACUGGCUGGCCUGCUGACCGAGGGAAUGGACUGGCUGGCCUGCUGACCGAGGGAAUGGACUGGCUGGCCUGCUGACCGACUGGUGGAGGAGAUAAUAAUAGCACCCUGCUGGCACACUGAUGAUGCUGUCAGCGAAUAGGACUUGCGUCGCGGUGGACUGGCUGGCCUGCUGACCGAGGGGGGGAAUGGACUGGCUGGCCUGCUGACCGAGGGAGGGAAUGGACUGGCUGGCCUGCUGACCGAGGGAGGGAAUGGACUGGCUGGCCUGCUGACCGAGGGAGGGUGGAGGGGAUAAUAAUAGCACCCUGCUGGCACACUGAUGGUUGACAACCACAACUAUGUAUGGCUCCCAGACUGGCCUGGAGCCCCAGGACCACUCAUGUAUCGCCAUCCAACACGACCAUAUGGAAUUCAGGCCCUGCAAGAUUUCCUCAGUGAGGCAGAGGUGGUCAUGGGUAGAAACUACUGGCCAUUUAUCCUCUCUUUAGGUGCAAUGGUGUCCAUGUGCAACUAUAAAGGAAUACAGAAACAUGGAUGAAUCUGUAAACGAGUCAAUGGUUGGGUCGUUUUUGGACGGGUCACUUUUAGAUGUUUCAGUUGAAGAAGUGGUACGGGACUCCUUCUCCUGUGGAACACCAUGGCAUUUCUUCAGGAGCUGUCAAUCAGCUCAACCUUCCCAUUCCUGUGGGAUGACCCAACCAAAGAGUCAGAUGUUAAGCAAGUCGCUAUAGAUCUUGGGAAUGCCGCUUUCCGCGGAAAAUACAAAGAUGGGGCAAAGACACCGCAGACCGGAUGCUUGGUAACGGCAAACUUCAGUCUGACAGAGGUUGAAAAAUACUACUCCCGCAUCUGCCUACUGCCAUUUGGGAAGCCAGACAUGGUCCACUGUGGGGACGGGCCCAGACUUGAGGCAAAGGCAUCAGCAGCAUCAGCAGCUUUCCCAACCCUAUUAGGUAUAGCAGCAAGGCUGAACCGAAGUAGUAUUCGGGAAGAGGUAGCAAACCUUAACAAACAUCAAGACUUGAACCUUCGAAUACAGGAAGGCAUAGCGGUGCCAGCAUAUAUUGCGAAACAAGUCCUCACAGAAUGCGGACUGCCGACAGAUGUUGUAGACCAGACCUGUGAGACUGUCGUUGGUUAUCAUGGAAGGAAGUCAGGCGUGGGUCCCACAAUUGGUAAUACAGACUUAGAUAUUGCCACCAACCUGCAGAAGGCCCUGGAAGAGUCAAGGACAAAAACCCAGAUUGGUUCCGUCAUACGCAUCCAUGAUUGGAAACUACAUAUACCAGUAAGGGAUCUGGAGAUGAUAACAGGUGUUCAUCUAAGAGACGAACUCAAGGCCAGAGGUGUUGCCACUUGUGGCAAAAGUUUUCGUUUCCUAGUAGAGCCUGGUGUCAGUAAAAUCUUCAAGUGUGCUAUGUUGAGAAUUGACUCUCUGUCUAACAGUAAGAGGAAAGCACUUGAUGAAUGGAUUAAAUCUGCUGAAAAAGAAUGUUCCAAAACAUUUAAAAUAGAAUUCAAUAUACCUAUGAAAGACAAAUGUGACACUAAUUGUGAAGAGAUGGUUGUUGAUUUCGAGCAUAUAGAUGAAAGCAUAAGACAUAGAUAUGAACAAUACUUGCAGGACAAAUUCUGUACAAAGGAAGCAUACAGUCUAGUGUUUCUUAUACCUAAAACAUGUAAGACGCUGGCAACAGUAACUGUUGUAAUCAAAAUGUCAUAG